UGCACCUUUUCCAGAGUUUACUUUAUUCUUGUUUUUAUUAAAGAAGUCACUAAAACUAGAAACCAGGAGCAUCAUCAUCUACACUAACGACAGCUAACGAUGAAGCUAGCGGACAUCAAAAAGUUAAAAGUGGCCGAGCUGCGGUCCAGACUUAAAGACCUCGAUUUGGACUCAAGAGGGCUGAAGACUGAGCUGGUGGUCAGGCUGUGGUCGGCUGUGGAGGCUGGACAAGGUGGGGAAGACGGUAAUGAAGAGGUGAAACUGCAAAAAGCGGACGCGGUGGAGGUCGUUGCUUCCGCCGCCUCUCUGUCCUCAUCACCGGCCGCAACAGUUAGUAUCACUGCGCCGCGUGACACUGAGUCCAGCAGAGAGUCCAGAGACUCUGCAACACAGACUGAGACCCAAACCAGUCUGCAACCAGGCUCUGCAACACAGACUGAGACCCAAACCAGUCUGCAACCAGGCCCUGCAACACAUACUGAGGCUAAAACCAGUCUGCAACCAGGCCCUGCAACACAGACUGAGGCUAAAACCAGUCUGCAACCAGGCCCUGCAACACACACUGAGGAUAAAACCAGUCUGCAACCCGGCCCUGCAACACUAACUGAGACUAGAAACAGUCUGCAGACACUACAGCUGGACUCUGAGUGUAGUUCAGAGAGGGUGAAUAUGUGCCAAGCCGAGGGGGGAGAACUCAGGAGACAGCAGGGAGGUGUGGAGGAUCCUGGAGAGGACAGAGGGAGAGCUUUCUACGAGUUCAAAGAGGAGAUACGAUAUAAAAGAGCCAAAUCACCUCAACCACCUGUGGCGAGAGAGGGGGCAGAGGAGGAGGAUGAAGAUAAAGUCAGACUGGAUCCAUACGGAGGUCACCUCCACUUUGAGGUGGGUCCAGAUGGAGCUUGUGGACAGCCGCAGUUCUGGGAGAGAUUCCCCUCGCUGUGGUCGGGCUGCAGACUCUCCCAUGGGGUGAUAGAGGGCAGGGUGAGCUUCGAAGUGAGGCUGGAGCGGAAGCUAAUGUCUACACAGGUGGAAGAACGAGACGGCAUCGAGCCGUACGGCCUGAGAGUCGGCUGGUCAGCGGCCAACACCUCUCUGCUGCUGGGUGGAGAGAAAGUUUCAUUUGCAUAUGACAGGAGGGGGAAAAAAGUGUCAGCUGGAAUGGAGGAGGAGUUUGGAGAACCUUUUUCAGAGGGAGAUAUCAUUGGCUGUUACGCUUCUUUCUCCGCAGACGGCUCCGUUCAGCUCUCCUUCCACAAGAACGGUCGUUUCAUGGGUGCAGCCUUUUCCCUGAACGCCUCGGUGCUGCAGGGUCGUGCUCUGUUCCCUCAUGUCCUCUGUAAGAGCUGUUCAGUCCAAUUCCUCCUGGACAUCACAGAUCCUGUCUGGUACCCCGGCCCUCCAGGGUUUACACCGCUGGCAGCGCUCCCUGCUGGGCAGAGGACACGAGCCACAUUCGCCCCGACCUCCAGAGCCCAAUGUGAGGUGGUGUUGUUGGUUGGUCUUCCUGGUUCUGGGAAAACCCACUGGGCCACGACUCUCAUGCAGCAGCAUCCAGAGAAAAACUACAGGUUGCUUGGCACAGAGGAGCUGCUCGCAUGUAUGAUUAGCGGGGGGGAGAGAGACAGCAGGCUGCGGCAGGCCUCUCAGUGUCUGACUGAUUUAAUCAAGAUGGCCGCUCAAAUUCCAGGCAACUAUAUCCUCGACCAGUGCAACAUCCUGUUCUCUGCACAGCGUCACAAGCUGCAGCUGUUCAGGGGCUUCAGGCGCCGGGUGAUGGUGGUCUUCCCCUCAGUGGAGGAGUGGAGUAGACGACUGUCUCAGCACCAGUCCCGAGACGGGGAGCAGAUCCCUAAGACCGCCCUGCUCAAACUGCAAGUGAGCUACAAUCUUCCAGAGCAGCAGGAUGAACUUUUAGAGGAGCUGCAGUACGUCGAGUUGCCUCAGGAACAUGCGCAGAAACUCCUGCAGGAGUAUAAAGACGAAGCACGCAGACUGCUGCCUCCCAUCCCCAAACAAGAGAAGAAGAAAAACGCAAGACUCCACAAAAAAAGACCCUACCCGCACGGCCCUCCUCCUGCUCAUCGGAUCCGGUGGCUAAAUGGGUGGAGUGAUGCGGGGCUCAACUUGCCGUCAUGGAGCCAGCAGCCAAGAUAUUGGAACGUGGCAUAUCAGGACCAGAGCUACUACUACAGCAACAGGGACUUUGGUUACAGCGGUUAUGAGGGUUACUGGUGAAGAGAAGCGGAGCGAAAAGAAACAGGAGCCACCAAACUGUCUGCGUUUACACAGACAACAAUUUUACAGACUUCAUCCAGUUUGGAGAAAGACUUAAUCAAAUAAUAU